UGGUGGCUGCCUGUAGUCACAUGAGGACUUGGUGUGGUGUAAAUCUGAUUUCAUUCUUUCAACAAAUGUAUUUUCUGAGGUCUGUGUGCUAGACAGUGUGGAUAUAAAGUACGGGUUCCACCUUCAGAAGGGGAGAUGAACAAGCGUUAAAUGAGGUAGAAGAUAAUAGGUAGUACAACUAGGCAAUCUCAGGGUUGUGGAGGCUCCAGUGAGAUUCUUAACCUAACCUAAGUACUGAAAGGAAAUCAACACUAGUUACUGAGCUUAGAGAGUAUAAAUGUGUAGGGCCGUAGACAGAGGUGAGUUUCUAGAGUUCCACCUUGCUAGAUCACACAGGGACAUUUGUGGGGCAGGAGUUUCUGGUGGUUAAAAUGUACUCCUGAGAACAACUGUGACAGUUUGAACCUGCAGGGGAUUAGGACUCCUAGACCGCCGCCUUUUGGAAAACAGCCCCCUUCGGUGCCUUGUGAUCAGGGCCCCGAUGCCUCAUUAGCUGGAGAUUUCGAGUACUUUAGGGAGCUGAGGCAGCAUUCCCACAGCGGCUCCUCCCGGGAUUUCUGAACAGCCAUACGACGUAACGGGUUCCUAGCUACCAGUCGGCCCGGGGGUGGCACCCGCUCGGGUGAACGGCCGCCCCGGAAGUGACGCGCUGUGCUGCUGGCCUUGCGGAAGUGGAGAUGGCGGAGCUGUAUGUGAAGCCGGGCAACAAGGAGCGUGGCUGGAAUGAUCCCCCGCAGUUCUCCUACGGGCUGCAGACCCUGGCUGGUGGACCCAAGCGCACGCCGCUCACCAAGAGGGUCGCUGCUCCCCAGGAUGGCUCCCCCAGAGUCUCCCCCUCACAGACUUCUCCCGGGCCUCCCCCAAUGGGACCUCCACCUCCUUCCAUUAAGGCUCUCGGGCCUCCACCCACCGGGAACUGUCCUGCCUCCAGUGCGGAGCCAACAAAUUUCCCAGUCAUUGAAGCUGAAACUUUGCUGGAAGAUGUGCUCAAACCUUUGGAAGAGGCACUGGAGGACUGCCGUGGCCACACAAAAAAGCAAGUAUGUGAUGACAUCAGCCGACGCCUGGCUCUGCUGCGGGACCAAUGGGUUGGAGGGAAGCUGUCAGUGCCUGUGAAGAAGAGGAUGGCUCUGCUGGUGCAAGAGCUUUCAAGUCACCAGUGGGAUGCAGCAGAUGACAUUCACCGCUCACUCAUGGUUGACCAUGUAACUGAGGUUAGCCAGUGGAUGGUGGGAGUUAAAAGAUUAAUUGCAGAAAAGAGGAAUCUGUCUUCAGAGGAAGAGACCAAUGAAGAGAAAUCUACAGCCAUAGCUGAGGAGAACCAGACAAUACCAGGUGUCCAAGAGGCUCCAUAAUCCUGGAUCCUGACUCACCUCACACCAUUUCUUAUGCCUUGGCACAGAGGCCUUCUCUCACCUGGCUCCCUCUUACCAUUUGGGAGACUGUCUGCCUCCUUGUGAUCCUUGGCCUCAUCCACCCAUCUCUGGGGGAAGAGGUGUCAGCCACCUGGGCCACAGGGAAGUCACCUGUUACCCAUAACAUAUGCAUUUCAAUAAAAACAUCUUAAUAGUGG